AUGAUUGCGAAUCUGCCCGCUGGCGAAAAGCAGGCGUUCUUUAGCUUGCUGGACGAGUACUUUGCGUCCAGGCCGCACCGGUUGCCUGCCUCGACUCCAGCAUCGCAGGGGGGCUUGACCGACCGCGCUACGGCAGCAGCAGGCAAUGCAGCCGGCGCAGCUGCCAGCGCUGCGGUCUCCAAUGCGCUGCGUGACCAGUUCGCCCGGACAGGGUUGACCAAAGGCCCACCACCUCCGGCUCCAUCAGCAAACAAGAAGCCCGGAUUCAACGUCCCCGCCGGUCUUGUGAGCGGAAAGGUUCCUGUAGCAGCACCGGCAUCAGCACCAGCAGCAAGGUCGCUUCCACCACCAACACGAACAGGAUCAAGCGUUCCUGCACCACCAUCCGCCGCACCUGCUGCAUCCGCUGCACCGGUCAUGCCUCCAGGUGCAAUUGGUUCGGCCACAGUGCUCUACGACUAUGGAGAUGGAACGGAUGCCGACGACUUGCAGGCGACAGAGAGCGAGACGGUCUGGUUGACCGAAAAGAUCUCGGACGAUUGGUGGCGCGCCAUGUCGCAAGAUGGUGCUAGACAAGGUAUCAUCCCCACUGCUUAUCAUAGGACGGCUCAACAUCGAAGCGCGAUGCGCGGCGGGAGCUCAGCAUGGUCGCACGCUCCAGCACUUGAUGCCGUCGAGCACACUGCAUCGGCUCGAAUGCUCUGCUUUGGCUCGCCUUCGCCCCCGCACGCCACAGCAAUGUCGGACGAAAGCCUUGACCAAGCGCUGUGCGACCUUUGUGUCGAAAGCUGUAUCGCUGUUGUGAUCCUCGUCGACCUACAACAGGCUUCUAGAGAUGCUGGGGACGACAUCGCCGAUGCACUCGAUCGCGCCUUCGCAUCCGGAUCCAGCCGCCGCCCCUUCAGGUCGUAG